AUGGCCGGACCAGAGGGUGAAGGCCAAAAGGCAUGGAAGCUAAUCCAAACAGUGCGCAGCAAACAGCGCAUCGACGUUGCACUCAAGCAAAAUGCACCGGCGCGGAUAAAGGCACACGAAAUGUACAAUAAACCUUUACCGCGCCUACCCCUAACAUCUCAUCCUGAUGGUGUGCUUUAUCCUCCGUUACGGCCACGGCCUAUUCAGGCGCGCUCAGAAUCGAAAGGGAAAGAGGCCGAGGCCGAGAGUUGGAAUGCUCGAAAGGACUCUGAUUUCUCGCAGACUUCAUACGAAGUACCUAUAACUAUUGACGAUGAUAUCCAUAGUACUGUCGACGCGAGUAAGCCCCUACCCCCCGCUUCGCACUUGAGUCCAGCACUCAAAGCACAAAAGACAGCUUCACAAAUACAAUUCAAACAUGAGGUCCAGCCCAAGGUAAAGGUUGUAAACGUUAAUCGCCCGGGCGGCUCUAAACAUGACGCAGAGAAAGCAGGGGGGCAUACAUGGUGGAAGCCUUUGCCUUCCAAAGCCGCCCCGUCGCUAAAGAUCAAGAUAUCAUACCCAGGCCCGCUGAUGGCUUCAGGAAAAGGCGCUGUAGUGAAUAUCGCGACAGAAUCUGGCGGGGUAGGCGGCCCUGCAGCUGCAGUGUCUCUUCCAGUAACGCGUACCGGCGCCUUUCGCCCACAGGCCCAGACAAGUUAUGAUGCAAGGAAACAAAUAGACAAAGGUAAGAUGGGAAGGAAGAGAAAGAGCUCUGAUGCUAGCUUCUGUUGUCAGGGUGUAGAUGGUGAGCUGCUUGAUAGAUACCAGGUGAGUGACCAGGCGGCGAGUGACCAGGAGGAUGACAUGUUGCUUCUCCCGUUGUUUUCUGGUACGAGGGGUGGAAGGGAUACAAACUUCUAUCAACCCUAUGUCGAGGUUUUAGACGAGUAUUGA